CUGCUUACAGAAAUCGAUCAGCCACAUUCUCCUUGUUGCCACAUUCCCUUUGUGACAAACUACCUCCGUCGUGAGAAGAUAUUUUGUGUUUUGCAAUUCCAAAUGUUUCAUCUUAAAAUACUUUGGCGUGUGUUCUACUCCUCAGAACGCCUGUAUUUAAAUCACACAGUUACACAGACAGAAACCAGAAGCUACUUUGAGAGUUGCCAAGGACAGGGGGGUGCAAGUGUCUUAAUCGAGUUGUAAAAUUCGAUUUCUUGGAAUCUGUAAAGGAACAGCUCACUAAACCCGUGGGAUGACUGAGACGCUUGUCCUGUGUAAUGGACUACUGCGUGUAACUUUCCUGAGCACUGGUAGUAUUGCCCAGCAGUUUCGCUUUUGUUGUGAAAGGUGGAGGAAGUCCUGUACAUCACGGAGGCAGGACGAUCGUGAGCAGUGUCCGAGAACGGGGCUAGUGUGUCGUGACGCUCCUGGACUCAGACCGCAAGCUCCCUGGCCAGCUUUCCCAGCAGUCUGAAACUAUCAGAUUUAAAAACCCCUUUUAUUAUUACGACAAUGCAUCUUUUGAAACACCCUACCGAAAACUUCUGUGUUUUCUGCGGACCGUGUUGGUAACAGAAUUUGAGUCUUCAGUUUCCUUGAAGGGGGGUGUAGGGGGUUGUGAUUCGGCAGCGCAGAAGUGGAGUACUCCCGCGGUCCCGUGGUGCCGUAAAGCUCCUGCUGGGAGUUGCCGCCCACUCUCCCCCUCUGUCUCCUGCCGGCGACGAUGCGCGGGCUGGACGAGGAGUGGCGCGAGGCCCGGCGCGGCGAGGCCAGGCUGGCGCAGGGGCUGCAGCGGCUGGAGGCGGCCCGGCUCUACCACGUCAACAGCCUGCUGAGAGAGCAGCGCCGGCUGCAGAGGGACCUGGGCGCCCUGAGGCACGGUAACUCCUGGAGAAAGAUGGUUCCCAGCCUGGGGUCACGACCUCACGACCCACUUCCUGUCGCUGAUCGCCCAGUGCCGCCUUACAAGAGAGCCUUCCUACCCACAAUCCCCCAGGGUGGCAAAGAACCGAACAGUUUGAGUAGGUCCCAGAAGGCCCUUCCUCUGCGGACAGAGGGCCCUGCCCUGGGCUUGCAGGCCCGGGUUCGGGAGUUCGUGGCUGGGGGGAGCCACAGGGGGUCGCUGGGCGAGAGCUCCGCAGCCCCGCUCUGCCUGCCGGACGUCAGAGCGCAGACAGCGGCUCGGCUGAGCAGCUCCGCUCGGGGGGAGGGGGAGCAGGAGCCCCCCCCGGCCCCAGACCCCGAAGCCUUGGCCCCCGACGGGCGACUCCGCACGGUUUACACCCUGCCCAGCUUCCCGCAGGCGCUGUCCGAGGCCCGCAAGGCCCGCUACCUCCGGCACCGCGGGCAGCCCGAGUGUGAGCGCGAGCUCUCCCUGCGCGAGAUCUUCGCACGCCCCGUCCCAGGCGGCAAGGCUGCUGCACGCUCGGACCCUUGAACCCCCCGUCUCCUGGCUGACCCCUGACCCUUGACCAUUAACCCCUGACCCCUGACACAGGCCAGAGCUAAACAAUCCAGGGCCCUGUGACCCUGGUGUCUGCUGGUUUUUGUGCCAGUUAAGGUCUUGAUUAUUUAAUUGCACCCUUCAUCAAACUAAUAAUUGGACCAAUCAGACUUUUGAAUUGUUUUCAGCUGUGAGAGAUGUGAAAGUUGCCUACCCACACAAAUAAGUAAACUGAGUCCAGCUGGACCUAGAAGCAGCAGACACUGGUGUCAAGAGGACCAGUACUAGAGAGCCUUUAUAGCCAGCAGCCAUAUCACCCUGCUACUCACAACUGGCAACCAGCUGUAGCUCAGCAGUGGGAGCCUGGCCAGACUCCUGGGAAAAACGAAGGUUACUGCAGGAGGAGCUGUUAGUGGGGCCAGUAGGGGGUGCUCACUCUACAGCCU